AUGCGGCGCUUACUCCACUGUCGUUCCUUGCUAGGAACGUGCAAGCGUAAGUUUCAGGACAAUAAUGACGAGAGACGCACCAGAACCUCGAGCAUAAAAACAUACCAAGCGAAACAAGGUCCCUACUUUGAGCAGCAAUGA